UAUACGUCAUAUUUGUCCCCGGUGGUUAGCCGUGGUCAGUUGUUUGUUUAAUGACCUGCUUGGCUUGAAUAAAAUCACAAGCAUGGAAAUCGGGACAGAGAUCAGCAAGAAAAUAAGAGCUGCCAUCAAGGGCAAGCUUCAAGAGCUCGGUGCAUAUAUUGACGAGGAGCUUCCUGACUACAUUAUGGUGAUGGUGGCAAACAAGAAAACCUCUCAACAGAUGGCUGACGAUCUCUCGCUUUUCCUCGGAAACAACACUGUUAAGUUCACAGCCUGGCUGCAUGGUGUCCUGGAGAAAUUACGAUCUGUUGCAGUUGAGCCUGCAUCCCUCAAGCAUCAGCUCCAGUCUGACAGCAGUACUGUGGCAGGGAAGAGCCGGUCAUCUGUAAGUGAAGAAAGCAGGACAGAGGAGUUGAAGGUGUUGACGGUGUCCAGCUCUCACUUCGAUAGGACUGAAGCACGUGUGUCCAGUUCUGCCCAUGAAAGCAGGAGGGGGACCUUAGAGAAGAGUUCUUCUCGGCUUACUUCCACUGUGAAACCCCUCAUAGAGCCAUUCCCCUCGGAGGCUGUUAUCGACAUCAAACCAGAGAUGGAUGAUGACCUCAUCGCUGAGGACCCUGUAGAAAUAGGCAGCAACCAUGGUCGAACACGUAGCAACGCUGGUAGACCCACAGCUGAAAUCUACAGAGCGGGUCAGAGCAAAUUCACAUCAGUUAGCUCUGUGGACACGUGUCGGCCCGUAGAAGGAUCCUCUCACACCAGGCAGCAGGAAAGCAGAAGCAGCAGAACCUCCAGAAGCGGAUCCAGUAAGCAGGAGGAGUUGUCACGGAAACGUAAGGCGCCAGUAGCGAGUUCAGUGGUGCGAGUGAACCGAGCGGCAGACGAGGACAGUGAUGAUGUGGAAGAGGAAGAUUCAAACUAUGGAGGAAGAGGCCUGUCCAGUAGAGUGUCCCUGCCCUCCAAACCAGAACGCAAACCUACUCUCCCUCCAGCCAAGCAAGCCAACAGGAAUCUGAUACUCAAGGCCAUCUCUGAGGCUCAAGACUCAAUCACCAAAACUACUGCCUACCCCACAAUACCACAGAGGCAGACUGUUCCUGUGGCCCCUCGUACUCGCUUGGCCAGCAGUGAGGAGAUGACGGCAGCCAUCCAGCUGGUCCAGGAGCACCUCCACAGUCUGGCCCCCAGGGUGCAGGCCUACACCUCUGCUGAGCUGCCUCCUUCAAGAACAACUGCUCCAGUGAGAUCUUUAGCUUCACGCCUCCAGUUGGACUUAGCAGAGAGCAAUGAUGGACGAGAGCAGAGUGACUAUGCUGUAGGUGUGGAGGUUGCCGCGGGCAGUGAGGCAAAGACAUUUGAUACCCGCUCCUUCAUAAUGAGUCGACCUCAACUGGAAGAAUCUCAGAACAGAUCUCAGCAGCGUCUUCAGGUCAAAGGGGAAGUCCAGUCUGCUUUACCACGCACUGUCCAGGCCAGUAAGGAGAGGGGUGACUCUGCCAGCCCUAAGUUCAUAGUGACGUUAGAUGGGGUACCGAGCCCGCUGGGGAACCUUGCCGAAUGUGAAAUGGAGCUGGAUGACGUGAGGCCGCCCACAAAAGUCACUGAGGCAACAGUCCACGUCAAUAGGGAGCCCAAAGUCAGCAUCCUUCAAAGACUACAGGGAGUGGUCACAUCAUCAGAAGGGGAUGAUGUGAUGGUGGAUGAGGACGUCCCUUUAAAGAAACAGAAAGUUAUGGAACGCUGCAAGUUCUGGCCAGUUUGUAAAAGUGGUGAUGAGUGUCUGUACCAUCACCCUACCACACAGUGCAAGACCUUUCCCAACUGCAAGUUUGGGGAUAAAUGCCUUUUCAUACAUCCUAACUGUAAAUACGAUGCCAGGUGCACUAAGCCAGACUGUCCCUUCACUCAUGUCAGCCGCAGAGGCACAGUUGCUCCUCCGCCAAAGCCAGCAGUGCAGCCAGUGCAAACCACUAGUGUGUGUCGCUUCUUCCCCGAGUGCAAGAAGAUGGACUGCCCGUUUUACCAUCCCAAGCCUUGUCGCUUUGCGGCGCAGUGUAAACGUGCCGGAUGUACCUUCUACCACCCAACCACAUCCGUGCCUCCGAGACACGCACUGAAGUGGACAAAAACACAGAGCAGCUAAUUAAGUCCAGGGAGUCCGACAGAAGUCGAGUGGUCAACAUGGGAAGCUAUGGAAGAUGUUCUGGAUUUGUGUCUAUGAAUUUUCAGUCUUAGGUUUGACUGUUGUUUUUGUUUUAUUUUAUUGUAUUGUUCAGAUUGAUUUUUAAGAAAAGUGUUUUGUAAGAUGAACAGUCAGGUUUUUGCUGAUGCUCUCCAAACAUUAAAUACUUCACAGUGAACUUUACAUGUAUCUCUUCUCAUCAUUUGUCUAAUGGGCUUUACUGUGUGGUUCAUGGGCAUCUUUAUCUUUUUUUUUUCUUUUCUUUUUUUUUUUUUCAAGUUAUGACCAAGUCAAUGAGGAAAGUUGUUGGCUGUUUGGUGGAGCUUUUGUUCUCUAUUCAAGGAUAAGCUCAGGUAUGAAUCACAUGCAGUAGCACAUAGCAGGUGAUGAAGCACAAAAAAUUUAAAAAAGAAUUUUGCAGUUAUAUUAAAACGAAAAUGCUGUAUGUGUGAUGUAUUUUCUUCAAGUAAACUCAAAGGAUUUGAUUCACUGUUACCAUUGAAAAAUGAUGCAGGUGUUCCCUAUUGAUAAACCGUGAGAUGAUACUGCACUGAUAAAACCCUUUUUAUGAA